UUGGGACAAGCUCCUUAUAUAGAUCUGCUGCUUCAGAAUAACAUGAAGAGAAUUCGUAUGGAUUCUUGCCCUGCACAUGGCUGACAAAUGUGCAUGAUCCAGUCACCUUUUAGAAAUCAUUUAAACCUGGGAUUAAGUGUGGACUGAGAUUCAAAUGUGUCGAGGAUGCUUGUCACGGAUAUGUUAUGGUGCAAAGCUGGAUUGAUCAUAUCGCUUUAAUCCACUUGUCGCUUCCCCCCACUCCAUGUCAGUUCUUCCCUAAAUUAUGGACAUUUUUUGGAAGACGCUGACUUGGAUAUUUAGCCUGGUCUUGGCCGCUGCUGAAGCUCAGAUCCUUUCAUACAACUCUCAAGCGGAAUUCCUGUCCACGCUGGAGCACUACCAGUUAACAGUACCAGUGCGGGUGAAUGAGAGGGGCCAGUUCAUGAGUUACACUGUGAAGCAUUACAGGCCUGGUCGAUGGCGACGUGGACUGGACCAGACUGAGCUGGACCACACUGAGACCAGGCUUUUUUACAAACUCUCAGCCUACGGCAAGCACUUUCACCUGAACCUGACACUCAACCCAAACCUGGUUUCUAAACAUUUCACGGUAGAGUACUGGGGCAGAGACGGACUAGACUGGCAGCAUUCAGUGGUCGAUAACUGCCACUAUGUUGGAUACCUACUGGAUCGAUAUAGUACUACAAAAGUGGCAUUGAGCAACUGCAAAGGCUUGCAUGGUGUCAUAACCACAGAGGAUGAGCAAUUUUUAAUCGAGCCAUUAAAAAAUAUAUCCAGAAAUUUCAGUGAUGUCGACCACGAAGGACAACCACAUGUUAUUUAUAAAAAGACUUCCAUUCCUUCUCUGCAAGAGCCAAGCGAGGAGCUCCGCUGUGGUGUUUCAGACCUCACAAUAAACCGGACACCCAGCUACAAUACCAAUCCUGAAGCAAACACACCUUACCCAGCCACGGAUGAUGACAUCUCGAUGGGUGGCCACCGCCAGCGGCGCUCUGUCAGCUCUGAACGCUUUGUGGAGACUUUAGUGGUGGCGGAUAAAAUGAUGGUUGGCUAUCACGGUCGCAAAGACAUCGAGCACUACAUCCUUUCCGUAAUGAAUAUUGUUGCCAAACUUUAUCGUGAUGCCAGUCUUGGAAACGUUGUGAACAUUAUUGUAACCCGACUGAUUGUUCUGACAGAAGAUCAGUCCGACUUGGAGAUAAACCACCAUGCAGACAAAUCUCUAGACAGCUUCUGUAAGUGGCAGAAAUCCAUUCUUUCUCAUCAUGAAGAUGGAAACAGUAUCCCAGAGAACAGGAUCGCCCAUCACGACAAUGCUGUUCUCAUUACAAGGUAUGACAUCUGCACCUAUAAGAACAAACCCUGUGGUACUCUCGGUUUGGCAUCCGUAGCAGGAAUGUGUGAGCCAGAGAGGAGCUGUAGUAUUAAUGAAGAUAUAGGCCUUGGUUCUGCCUUUACUAUUGCACAUGAGAUCGGACACAAUUUCGGCAUGAACCAUGAUGGGAUUGGGAACUCCUGCGGGACCAAAGGUCAUGAGACAGCUAAGCUGAUGGCGGCCCAUAUCACAGCCAACACCAACCCCUUCUCCUGGUCAGCCUGCAGCAAGGACUAUAUCACAAGUUUUUUGGACUCAGGUCGGGGGACGUGUCUGGACAAUGAGCCUCUGAAACGAGACUUCCUGUACCCCACUGUGGCUCCAGGGCAGGUGUACGAUGCAGAUGAGCAGUGUCGUUUCCAGUAUGGCGCCUCCUCCCGUCAGUGCAAAUAUGGGGAAGUGUGUAGAGAGCUCUGGUGCCUUAGCAAAAGUAACCGCUGUGUCACCAACAGUAUCCCCGCCGCAGAAGGAACCCUGUGCCAGACCAGCACCAUUGAAAAGGGGUGGUGUUAUCAGGGUGAAUGUGUGGCGUUUGGGACGUGGCCGCAGAGUGUGGACGGAACCUGGGGACCUUGGACCUCCUGGGGCGAGUGCAGUCGUACCUGCGGCGGCGGCGUCUCCUCAUCCAUGAGACACUGUGACAGCCCAGCACCGACAGGUGGAGGGAAGUACUGUCUCGGAAAAAGGAAACGCUACAGAUCGUGUAACACUGAUGCUUGUCCAACAGGAUCACGUGACUUUAGGGAGAAGCAGUGUGCUGAUUUUGACAACAUGUCUUUCCGUGGGAAGUACUACAUCUGGAAGCCGUACACUGGAGGUGGAGUGAAGCCAUGUGCGUUGAACUGUCUGGCUGAGGGCUACAACUUCUACACCGAACGCUCGCCCGCUGUCAUCGAUGGCACGCGCUGCCAGGCCGACUCGCUGGACAUAUGUAUCAAUGGAGAGUGCAAACAUGUUGGCUGUGAUAACAUCCUGGGCUCGGAUGCCAAGGAGGACAGAUGCCGUGUUUGCGGUGGGGACGGCAGUACCUGUGAGGUCACCGAAGGGCUGUUCAAUGAUUCGCUUCCCAGAGGAGGUUAUAUGGAGGUUGUCCAGAUACCAAAAGGAUCGGUUCAUAUUGAAAUCAGGGAAGUGGCCGUGUCAAAGAACUACAUCGCUUUGAAAUCAGAGGGGGAUGACUAUUACAUCAACGGAGCCUGGACCAUCGACUGGCCCCGCAAAUUUGACAUUGCAGGAACAGCCUUUCACUACAAGAGGCCGACUGAUGAACCCGAGUCAAUGGAAGCUCUAGGGGCCACCACUGAAAAGUUGGUGGUUAUGGUGUUACUACAGGAACAAAACCUGGGCAUCCACUACAAGUUCAAUGUGCCAAUUCAGCAUACAGGAAGUGGGGACAAUGAAGUCGGCUUCUCCUGGCACCAUCUGCCCUGGUCUGAGUGCUCUGCAACAUGUGCAGGAGGCUUACAGAAGCAGGAGGUGGUUUGUAAAAGACUGGACGAUGGUUCGGUGGUCCAAAACAGCUACUGUGACCCGGACAUCAAACCGCCAGGGAACCAGCGACCUUGCAACACUGAGACUUGUCCUCCGGAGUGGUUAAUCGGUGACUGGUCAGAAUGUGGGAAAACCUGUGAUGGAGGCAUCCGAACACGCACUGUUUUAUGUAUCCGUAAAAUCGGACCUGCUGAGGAGGAGUCUCUGGUGGACAGCCACUGUCUGACCCAUCGGCCAAUAGAACAAGAGUACUGCAACAAUCAGUCCUGUCCGCCCCAGUGGGUGACGCUGGACUGGUCUGAGUGUACCCCAAAGUGUGGCCCUGGCUUCAAGCACCGCAUUGUUCUGUGUAAAAGUAGUGACCUGACCAAAACCUUCCCACCAGCCCUCUGUUCUGACCAAAACAAACCUCCAGUCCGUAUUCGCUGCAGCCUAGGACGCUGUCUGCCACCACGCUGGAUCCCUGGAGAAUGGGAACAGUGCUCUGCUCAGUGUGGACUAGGACAGCAGAUGCGGACGGUUCAGUGUCUGUCGUAUACAGGACAGCCCUCCACCGAAUGUCCAGAGUCACUACGGCCCAACAUCAUGCAGCAGUGUGAAAGCAAGUGUGACGCUACACCCAUCUCUGGUGGCGACGAGUGCAAAGACGUAAAUAAGGUGGCAUAUUGCCCGUUGGUGCUGAAGUUCAAGUUCUGCAGCCGUGCUUACUUCAGGCAGAUGUGCUGCAAGACAUGCCAAGGACACUGAGCCCGCAGAGACAACAAGGAAAGAGAGAGAAAACUGGCAGGGAGACAGCGAGAAAUGUCAAUGCUGGACACAGAGAAGGAAGCCUCUCUCUCUCACUAAUCAACACACACACACACACACACACAACUGCUUUUAGCCCUGUGGAUCCCAAACCACUGCUCAGCACUGCGCUGAAACCGGUCUUAUUUUCACUUCUGUGAAGUGGGAAUGUAUAAAAUGAUCAUUAUUGUUGUUAUUUUUAUAAUAAUGAUAAUAAUUGCUCUUGGUUAUUAUUAUUAUUAUCAAUGUCUUUUUGUUGUUAUAAUCCAAAGUGCUGGACACAACACUCACAGAAGUAGCACGGCAGAGGUUUACUGUAUUUCAAGGUGCCCACCUAAGAGAGUUUGGAACAUUGGUAUAUCCCUGGGUCUUGCAUACACACUCCUAACAUGGUUCUGUUAGUAACGCUGCAUUCAGGGGCAUUCAAACCAUUAAUGUUUGCUCACAUUGGCAGCAUCGGAUCGAUUGGAGGUAAUUUGUUUUCAAUAAGAGUUGGCUGUUUGAGGCAACAUAAGCAUCAGAUACUGUUGGUGGCAUGCCAAAAUAUCGCUACCAACAACAAGCGUGCAGACACCAUCAUUUACGUGAUCCAGCAUCUGAUACAUUUGUAUACAGCAGGCCAAAAGGAACACUUCCAAGCGGAUAGUACUGAGACUUGGUGACUGCAAUGUGAAUGCCCCUUUAGGGUUAAAAAUA